CUCCUCCGUCUCUCCCUCUCUUCCUCCUCCUUCUCUCCUCAGUGCCGACAGACCGACAAAUCCCUCCCGGUGCUCCUCUCCCCCCCCCCUCCUCUCUCGCUCUCCUCUCUCUCUCUGUCUCCUUCCCGCCAGCCAUGAUCCGUGGCGGGCUAAUUCCCAGACGGUCUUCUUCUUCCUCUUCUCCUUCUUCCUCCUCCUCUUCUCAUCAUCACCCUCUUCCUCCACCUCCUCCUCUGCCGCUUCCUCCUCCUCCUCGCGGGCCCGGUAAGUAGCAGCAGCAGCACGCGCCGUCCAUCUUCUCAUUUUCUCCUCCUCUCUCUGUCGGACUGCAUGCUGUGUUCACGGUAUUUAUCGGUUGUUAUCGAGUCUGGCUUUUUUUGAUUGACCCCCCCUCCCUCCUUCUUCACCUCCCUCCCUCCUCCUUGCGCCUGAGGGGGAGGGGGAGGGGGUUAAUGUGUCGCGUGGGAGAGCCGUUUCCCCUCGCGGCCGGCGGCCACCAUGACCUUCUGUCGGAGCUCGCGCGGCCGGUUGACCAGACAGGAGCGGAACCAGGCGGCCACGCAGGUUUGAGUGCGUGACUUUGUGCGUCAGCGUGCAUGUGUGUGUUGGCGUGUGUGUGAGGUCAUGUCGGGCAUGACGAGCAGCGUGUGCGUGGAGAGCGACCUCUCCUCCAUGCUCCAGAGAAGCUCCGCCCCCUCCCACCACCACCCCAACCACCACGGCUACGGCGGACAAGGACAGGUCUCCAGCCUGGCGCCGAUGCUGGACUACACCACAGAAAUGGACCGGUACCGUUCGUCCAUCGCCAACUUUUACAAGACCAACGUCAACAUGAACAUGAACGUAACGAACUUCCCUCAGUCUGCCAAACUGGCGGCCCGCUUGGCCGCCGCCGCCCCCAUCUUCCCUCCGACUGCUGCUAGGCUGGGCGCCAUGGCGACGGCACCCUGGGGUUGCCACGACAACAUGAAUAUGAACCAUCCGGCCGCCAUGUUUUGGGGCCGGCCUAAACCUGUGGCGACCGCACCGACCCAUCACCACCACCACCACCCGUCUGCGGCGCCGGGUCACAUGACCCCCUCACACGCCCAGAGCACCAGCAUGCAAGGUGGCGGCGGGUCGGGGGGAGGGGGCGGAGCCAGUGGCGAGGGAGCAGGAAGUGAAAAGCACGGACCCGCGGCGUCUUCACUUCCUGUGACACAGGCAGCGGCGCACCAUCACCCCAUGGCGCCCAGCAACGGGAACUUCCUGCCCAGUUACGGCGCGGCCACAGACUGCGGUGUCAUGAACAAGCAAGGACACGCCCACCCAGACAUGAUGGGCCUAUCAGAGGGCGGCAACUGCAACGGGGGAGGGGUAAUGGGCAGUAGCUUCCUGGGUGGGCUGGGAUUGCCCCCUGGGGUCAUCGUCAUGGCAAUGGGGUCAGGGGGCGGGAUCUCGGACGCCGGCAGCGCCUUCCAGAUGACCAGUAGCCAACGGGCGCUAACGGACUGCCAGCAGCUGGCAAACCCCUCCCCCUGCCCCUCCUCCUCCUCGCCCUCAUCGUCGGGGGUGACGGCAGGAGGCGUGGCUCUGUCGUCGUCGUCGUCGUCGUCGGGGGCCAAGAGGAAGAGGAAGCGAUGCGGCGUGUGCGGUCCCUGUCGCAGGCUCAUCAACUGCGGCGUGUGCUCGUCCUGCCGCAACAGGAAGACGGGGCACCAGAUCUGCAAGUUCAGGAAGUGUGAGGAGCUGAAGAAGAAGCCGGGGGGAGGAGGGGGGGCGCUGGAGCGCCCGCCGUCCGUCCCCACCGGUGAAGCGUUCCGCUGGUUCUUCUAGCCUCCCGUCAGAACCACACGCAGGACCGGGCUGGCUCCACACAGGACCACGGCUUGUGGAGCUUUACAGAAGUGUGACAGCAGAACCUGGGCCCAGCUCGAGGACAGAGGAGGACGGACUCUGGUUCCGGCGGCAGCUGCUUCCUUCAUUCUAGAGACGAGAAGCUGUUUUCAUCCGGACCCGCUGGCUCCACGUCACACAGCAUCAGCGGACCCGACUGGACCCGCUCUCACUAGGAGCUGCUCCAGCUGGAAGUGUGCGCCCAUCGUGUGCAGACUCAGACUCAGCUCGGUCCAGAAGCUGCUUCUCGUUUCAGCCAGCGCUUAUUGUGAAAACUCUGUUUGACGUCACUGAGCUCAGCGUUAACCGUUAAAGUCGUCUGUGUUCAGCCCAGUCCUGGUUCCAGUAAGUCCAACUCAGCAGUCAUUCUGGACUAGACCCCACGAGGCCCUGUGCUCCCACUCACUCACUCACUCACACCUGGAUCCGGAUCGGUUCUGCAGACUGCAGCCUUCUCACAGAACCAGUCGAUGCCAGAUCCAAAACCCAGAUAAACAAAGAGAAUGAUCUGAAAUGCUUCUUUCGCUCCAGAACCAGCUGCCUCCCUGUCAUCGAGCGGUCCCGCUCCUCCUCCGUCUCCUUCUCCGACUGGAGAAACGUCACCUCGACCAAAACCCGACGACACGUUGACCUCAAAGGAAGAAGGACGCGGUGCAGGAAGUGAUCCGGGCCCGUUCAAACCAAUAGGACUACAUUUACCACAUCACUGUCUCUCUGUCUACCUCCUCUCGAAGGCGCUGGACUGACCUCUGUGGACCGGGCUGGUGCUGGAGCGACAUGACCUGCUUCUUAACUCUCUACACGGUCCAGCGCUGAUGAAACCUGCUCUUUGGAUCAUUGCUCCAUUUGCCUACGAGCACCAGUUUAAUGUGUCAGUGGAAUGUUCUCAGGGCACAGUCUCAGUUCCAGUCGUAACUAAAGACUGGAAAACGGGCUUUUCUGUAUUUUUCUAUAUGCAGCGGGUCAGUAAUUGACACGGAUCAGGACACAUUCAAUCAAUUGGCGCCUCCAGUCCCGAACCAUUGUGCUGGACCCAGAGAGAGCUCAGAACCAGUCCUCUGUGCUCCAGUAGACACCAGGAGGGGAAGGAGGUGAAAUGGGAACCCAGAAGGAAGCACUGGAUCCGGCCCCGGGACACAGGAACCGAGCUGACCUGACAGACCGGAUCAGAACAUUCCAUGAAAACGCGUCACUUCCAACACGACUGUGAGGACGUUUGACACAUGAUUCAGGGAAAUGACUCACGCUCAGCAUCAUGAAACAGACUUCUCAUUCACCUGCUGCAGAAGAAUGUAAAUGACUCCUCCUGCGUCGCCCAUGGUUCAUCCUGGUGGUGUUGAUGACGUCCCACCCUUCGCUUCCUCAUUUGAUCUUAAAGUUCUGUUUUGUUCUAUAUGACAAGUGUGAGGAAAAGAAAAGUGGGACUUAAAAACUCAAAUAAUUUCACCUAAACAGUGUUUUUUACAGACCAGUGUUUUGUCUCAUUCCACAGGAUUCUACAGGACUGUUCUGGUCCAACUGGGCCCAGCUCCCUCACAGGAAGACGUUCGGCCAAUCAGAGCAGGUGGUGGAUGAAGUUCUUUGUCCCCAGAGGAUAAAUUGACCUCUUUGAUUCUGAGGCUUUUCUUUAUGAACCACAUUUAAUAACAGACACGUAUUUAGACGUUAUUUCACUCAUGAAAUGAGUCUUGAAGUCAUUGAACUCCUUCUCUGGCGUCAGUGGUUGCUUCCUCAUUUAGCUGCAUGUGCUCUCAUGCUCCUCUCGUGGAUCUGAGUUUUCAACCUGACUUUUGAUGAUAUGUGCACUCACAGACGUGUUGGAAAGACUGAUUUACUUUGUGUUUCUUUAUUAAAUGAUUUGAGCAUCA